UUGCUUCUCUGCGACUCCACCCCUCCAGCAGACGAAGGCAUGGCGAGCACCGAAGCUAGAAGAGAGUGCGAGACGGAGGGAUGCAGCAAGGACGCAAAACUCCAGUGUCCCACAUGUAUCAAGCUUGGUAUUCAAGGCUCGUAUUUCUGUUCGCAGGAAUGUUUCAAAGGGAGCUGGGUGUCUCACAAGUUGCUGCACAAAAAAGCAAAGGAGGACAAGAAUCAGAAUGAAUUGAAGAACUGUGUGGAGAAGGACAUCAACACAGACCCAUGGCCGGGCUACCGCUACACAGGAAAACUACGCCCUUACUACCCACUGACUCCCAUGAGGCUGGUGCCUGGUGACAUCCAAAAACCUGACUAUUCCGAUCAUCCCAGAGGCAUUUCUGAGUCUGAGCAGUUUCUAAAGGGGACGUCACAGAUCAAGAUCCUUUCUCCUGAGGACAUUGAAGGCAUGAGAGUAGUAUGCAAGCUGGCUAGAGAAGUCCUGGACAUUGCAGCCAUGAUGGUGAAACCUGGUGUUACAACAGAAGAAAUCGACCAUGCUGUCCAUCUGGCUUGUAUAGCAAGGAACUGCUACCCCUCUCCUCUCAACUACUACAAUUUCCCCAAAUCCUGCUGCACGUCUGUCAAUGAAGUCAUUUGUCAUGGCAUCCCAGACAGAAGACAACUACAAGAAGGAGAUAUCCUCAACGUGGACAUCACAGUUUACCACAACGGUUUCCACGGUGACCUGAAUGAAACCUUCUAUAUCGGAGAGGUGGAUGAAGAAGCAAAGAAACUGGUUCAGACCACAUAUGAAUGCCUUAUGCAAUCCAUCGACUCUGUGAAGCCUGGCAUCCGCUAUAGAGAAUUAGGUAACAUCAUCCAGAAGCACGCUCAGGCCAACGGCUUCUCUGUGGUGCGGAGCUACUGUGGCCACGGCAUCCACAGACUUUUCCACACUGCUCCCAAUGUGCCACAUUAUGCCAAAAACAAAGCAGUUGGAGUUAUGAAGCCUGGCCACGUGUUCACCAUUGAGCCCAUGAUAUGUGAAGGUGGCUGGCAAGAUGAGACAUGGCCCGACGGCUGGACGGCGGUGACCAGAGACGGGAAGCGCUCGGCUCAGUUUGAACACACCCUGCUAGUAACAGAGACCGGCUGCGAGAUCCUCACCCGCCGCCCGGAGGACAACGGUCGCGCUCAUUUCCUGAGCCAAGUGUAGGCUGGACCUGAACGCACCAAGGACUGGACUUUCCAGACACAUACAGCCACCCACCUCUGGGUCAUACACACACACACGUACACACAUAUCACAAACACGAGGCACCACUCCUAGAGCUAAGUUCAACUGUGGCUCUCAUUGUUAUUUGAAUUAAAUAUUGGUUCCUCAAAUUAAAUGGAAGUACUUGAAUGUGUCUUAUAUCAAAUGUGGAUCUCUUUAUUAGUGAAAACCUGAUCAUUUGAAGGAAAUAUGAAAGUAUUUAUUAGGCUUUGGUUUUGCUUAGUGGCUGGGCUUGACAUCAGGCCUGCUUUGACUUCUGUGUCAUGUCAUGCAGGGUUUUGGCUGGCUGGCUAGUUGUUGUCUGUGGUGUGUGGAGCUCAGGGCAAAUCCAACCAGUUCCCCAUGCUUCUCUUCUUUUCUCUCAGCCUCUGCUAAACUUAAUCAGACUUCAUAUGAAUUUCCCAGAGAUUGGACUGAAAAUGAUCAGCUAUAGUAGAGACAAAGAAGGGAGUACCAGGAAACUGGAUCAACAAGUGUCACAACCUCAAGAACUAGCAACUCAAAACUUAUAGCUAAGCUAAAAAAACUCGACAACAAAAAUCAUCCUCCGGCAGCCAUAUUGGAUAUCUUUAGGCCUUAUGAAACAGGAGCAAAGUAGCAUACUAACGGUAGACGUAUUUAAAGCAGAUGGAGGAAAUACACUUAGUUGCUUUCUUGCCCAGAGGUAAAUGAGAGGAUCAAUGCCAAUCUCACAUCUGACCCUUCAGUAUGUAGCUACAACCAGGAGAUUGUUAGCUUAGCAUAAAGACUGCUAGCUGGGGGAAACGGCUAGCCUGCCUCUAUGCAAAGUUGCCUACAAAAGCUCCACAGUUAUCAUUGUAUGUCUUGUUUAUUGAUUCUGUAGAAGUGAAGUGUAAAUUUUUGCCAUUUUUACACUUGGUAAGGAUUAAACAAAUGAGUUAUAACAUGUUAAUUAGUGAGCUUUAGAGGAGCUGGUGGAUUUUGUUACCUUCAGACAGAGCCAGGCUAGCUGUUUCCCCGUUUCCAGUCUUUAUUCUAAGCUAGGCUGAGCUAAACUAACUGUCUUCUUCUGUAGUUUCAUAUGCACAGAGAAUUGUAGAGCUGCAACUCUUAGCUGAUUAAUCGAUUAGCUAUCAACUAUUACAGUAAUCAGCAACUAUUUCAAUAACUGAUUAAUCACUUUUGAGUCUUUAAAGAAAAGAUGUCCUGAAAUGUGAACAUUUUCUACUUUCUUUGCUCCUCUAUAACAGUAAACUGAAUAUAUUUGGGUUGUGGACAAAAGAAAACAUUUGAUGACGUCGCCUUGGAUAACAACUAAACAAUUGAUCAAAAUAAUUGCCGAUUAAUCGAUAAUGAAAAUAAUUGUUAUUUAUGGCCUGGAAAUUUGUAUUAAUCUCUUCAUCUAACUCUCAGCAAGAAAGCAAAAUUAACAUAUUUCCCAAAAUGUUGAUCUCAUUUCUGUGACCGUUUCAAAAAAGGUGAUCAACGCUCAUUUGAUUUAUUGUGUCAUGCCAGCCUGUUGGUCAGCUAACCACAGUACCAGGUCACUUAUCACUGUCUUAUGUAACUGUUGACUUGUCCAGUAGAAGCACUCUAACUCAAUUGUUAUCCUGAAUGUGGCUAUUAUUAGUGCACAGUCAGUUUUUCAGUAGAGGACGUCAGCCGUGGUUGCUAGGAGAACUGUGACGCAACCACAGAGCAUAGUACAUAGAUAUCCAAAAAUGGGAAUAACUCCCAUUGAGCACAGAGUUGUCGUUCAAGUGCUGAACUUGUUAAUCCUGCUCUGAGGAAUACUUAGUGUCUCAUGUUUCCGAUAACCCUGGUGUAGCAAAUUGAGCCUUAAUGUGUGAAUCUAGGAAAUAAAACUUGCCGAAUAUCUCAAGGAAGGUUAACAGGUUUCCCCUUAUCUCAACAGUCAUCGUUUACCUUGAUGUCGGGAUUUUCCUGGUGUGAGCAGCAUUCAUUAUUUCUACAUUUUCAGAGGACUUAUGUGAUCUCAGUUUCUCUGCCAUCUUUGUAUUUCUUCUAAUGGAGUAAUAAAUUACUCUUCUGUAGCUCUGUGUGGGUGAGUUUGUCUUUGAACAGGUAAUCUAAAUCCCAAUGUGAUUAUUGUGGUACCUAAUGCCUUUUUAAAGUCAGUGGACUACAUAAUAGUUUAAAGUGCGUUUGAGACUUGAUUUUUGACACUGAGUUUUCUUCAAGUUACACUAGUGUGACUAUAUCAGUUAACAUUUACCUUCAUAAAGUUACAAUGAAGGUUCUCUGCUUCUAUAAAGACACUAUAGGUCUACAAACAUGACUUCAACAGUACAAACAGCUGUUGUUCAGCAGAAUUCAGUUAUUCAGUAAACUCUGUAAAAAUGAGCCGAGCUAACAUGCUAAAUUCUUGACUUUAAAUACUGUCCUUGAAAGAAAGCGGAAAACAGUAACUCGCACACGCUCGGUCCUCGCAAUAGAGACGCUGGUAGUUAUCUGAGAAUAAUUAAACUAAUGCAGUAAAGUGCAAUCAAUCAUUACUUUGUGUGAAUGCGGGAUUUACUGUAGAUUACUUCAAAGUCAGACUCAUCUGUAUUUUCAUUUCUGCAGCAUAUUCGGUAAAUAAAAUGUUUUCAGACUUCUUGA